AUGCCUGCUUUGAGAAAGCAGGAUUUGCCCUUCCCAGGGUCCAGCAACGCCCCGAUCGAGUCCCAGGACACUGCCGACAUCCCUUGCGACGAAUGGCACUUUUCUCGGCGCUAUGGUCGCGGUGAGCGGCGCUAUGAUUUCGGCGGACGGCACUAUCCUCCCAUCGUUUCGAGAACUGGUCUCGAGGCCGAGAAACAUCCUGUGAAGGAGAAUGCUUGGCCCCCCCGGGUGGUCGAGUGGGCCCCUUCUCUCGACCUAGCCGAAGAGUCGAGACACGACCGGCUGGCUGCCAUCGAAAUGGCUGCCAUACCAUACCCUCCUCGACGAAUAUCCCGCUUCAAUGACGAGCAAAAGGCUCGAAAAUUCCUGACUCGCUUGGCCCGAGAGACCAUUGCGAAGAAAGACGCGCAGACCCCCUGGGAGGUCGAGUGGUUUGAGAGUUGGAAGACUGCUGCGAAGUACAGAACGUUGUUGAGUGUCGAGGAUACCCUGGUUAAUGAUUUGGUAGUGUCCAAUACCUUCCGCAUCAUGUCACCAACGUCCACACCAAGAAAACCGCCUUACACCAAGAGACGCAACUGGUUCUGGGAUAUGCCAUCUGUGGAGUCUGAAUGGAAUGUCGAACCUUUUUCGUACAGUGGCUCCACCCAUAAGCUACUUGCUGGAGUCGAUGCCGCGCUAUCAAAGCUCAUCGAGGAAGCCGUCGACACGUCGGAGAGCGAGGACACAGUCGAGGUGGACGAAGACUACGUUGAAGUUGCUGCGGGACCGUCAGUUGCCUGCUCGGUGGAGAACGAUUGGGAGCUUCUGGAAUUGCUUUGA